AUGGUUACAUGGCGGAAACAUCUGUGGACUGAACGUUUUGUGCGUCAGCCUUAUACAUGCUGCAAGGAAAUGACAUACAUGGGUUUGGAAUGUCACACAGGCACUGGCAAAUGGUGGGCUUUUCUAUGGCUUGGUCUCCUGAUCAUAAGCAUGUCGGCUGUAAAGGCUGAGAAACUUGAUGAAAAUAACCCAGUGGUCACUACCACCAACGGCAAGCUCCGUGGAAUCAAAAAGGAGUUGAACAAUGACAUUUUGGGCCCUGUAGUACAGUUUCUUGGCGUCCCAUUUGCUGCCCCGCCCACAGGCGAGCACCGCUUUCAGCCACCUGAACCGUCUGUGCCAUGGUCGGAUAUCCGCAACGCAACACACUUUGCCCCAGUGUGCCCCCAGAACAUUGUGGAGGGCCGCCUUCCUGAUGUAAUGCUUCCAGUGUGGUUCACCAACAGUAUUGACUUUGUAUCCGCAUAUGUCCAGGACCAGAGCGAGGACUGCCUUUACCUUAACAUCUAUGUCCCCACAGAAGAUGUCAAAAGAAUAUCCAAGGAAUGUGCAAGAAAACCGGGCAAGAAAAUAUGUAGGAAAGGAGGUCCCCUCGCAAAGAAACAGUCUGAUGAGUUAAGUGAUAGCGACCGCGCAGCAGACGAAGACAUAAGGGAGAGUGGAAGUCCCAAGCCAGUGAUGGUUUUCAUUCAUGGUGGAUCCUACAUGGAAGGAACUGGAAACCUAUUUGAUGGCAGUGUCCUGGCAAGCUACGGGAAUGUGAUUGUAAUAACAGUCAAUUACCGGUUGGGUGUUCUAGGUUUCUUGAGUACUGGGGACCAGGCGGCAAAGGGGAAUUAUGGUUUGUUGGACCAAAUCCAGGCUCUUCGCUGGACCAGUGAAAAUAUUGCAGCCUUUGGUGGUGAUCCAUUACGUAUCACUGUGUUUGGCUCGGGGGCUGGAGCCUCCUGCGUCAACCUUCUCACACUUUCUCACUAUUCAGAAGGCAACCGCUGGAGCAACUCCACCAAAGGUCUGUUUCAAAGAGCCAUCACCCAGAGUGGGACAGCACUGUCGAGCUGGGCCGUGAGCUUUCAGCCAGCUAAGUAUGCCAGAAUGCUGGCCCGUAAAGUUGGCUGUAAUCUCGAAGACACAGUCGAGCUUGUGAUGUGUCUUCAGAGAAAACAUUACAAAGAGUUGGUCAAUCAAGAUAUCCAGCCAGCACGAUACCACAUUGCUUUUGGACCUGUUAUUGAUGGUGAUGUCAUCCCCGAUGACCCUCAGAUACUGAUGGAACAAGGUGAAUUCCUUAACUAUGACAUUAUGCUCGGAGUGAACCAGGGUGAGGGUCUCAAAUUUGUGGAGCUGAUCGUCGACAAUGAAAAUGGUGUUCAAGCCAAUGACUUCGACUAUGCUGUGUCUAGCUUUGUCGAUGACCUUUAUGGCUAUCCAGAGGGUAAAGAUAUACUCAGAGAAACCAUCAAGUUUAUGUACACAGAUUGGGCCGAUAGGCACAAUCCAGAGACACGCAGGAAGACCUUGCUGGCCCUUUUCACUGAUCACCAGUGGGUAGCACCCGCUGUUGCCACAGCUGAUUUGCACUCCAGCUUUGGGUCGCCUACUUACUUCUAUGCAUUCUAUCAUCACUGUCAAACAGAACAGGUGCCACCGUGGGCUGAUGCAUCUCAUGGAGAUGAGAUUCCCUAUGUGUUUGGCCUGCCAAUGAUUGGACCAACUGACCUAUUUCCCUGCAAUUUUUCUAAGAAUGAUGUGAUGCUCAGUGCCGUGAUGAUGACUUACUGGACAAACUUCGCCAAAACCGGGGACCCUAACCAGCCUGUGCCCCAGGACACCAAAUUCAUCCACACAAAGCCAAACCGCUUUGAAGAAGUGGCCUGGACACGCUACAACCAGAAAGACCAGCUUUACCUGCACAUAGGCCUCAAGCCCCGUGUCAAAGAGCACUAUCGUGCCAACAAGGUUAAUUUAUGGUUGGAACUGGUUCCUCAUUUGCAUAGCCUUAAUGAUGUCACUCAUCUUAUCCCCACGACCACCAAGAUUGCUCCGUCAGGUGCCAGUAACCGCACCCCAAAACCAAAGGUUUUGGUGACUAAAAACUCUAACCCAACUCCAGUCCCAACUGAGAACCAGGACAUUCACAACCAACCGCAUCUGGUUGACCAGCGUGAUUAUUCCACCGAGUUGUCAGUGACCAUCGCUGUUGGAGCCUCUCUGCUCUUCCUCAAUAUUCUGGCUUUUGCUGCUCUUUACUACAAGAAGGAUAAGCACCGGCAUGACAUCCACAAACGCUGCAGCCCUAAACAGAGUGCAACCAAUGACCUUGCUCAUACACAGGAAGAGGAGAUAAUGUCUCUUCAGCUAAAACAACACUCAGACCUGAAUCAGGAUUGCAGGCAGAUGGGUAAUUCCCUGAAUCCUCACGAGGUGUUGCUAAGAACUACCUGCCCACCUGACUAUACUCUGGCCUUGAGGCGCUCACCGGACGACAUCCCUCUCAUGACACCAAACACCCUUAGCAUGAUCCCCGGUACUAUUGGACGGUUUACCUCCCUCCACACUAUCAGCACGUUUUCCGAACAAAAUAAAACUCUUCCCCACCCUCAUUCACAUUCCACCACCCGAGUAUAG